UGUUCUUGACAGGUGUGGUUUCCUGGCUGUGACAUCAUUAAUGGUAACUUCCUGUGGAACCCAAUGUUCAGUAGCAGUAUGUUCAGGGUCUUUCUGUGUUUUAGGCUUCUUUUGCUUAGGAAACGCCCCCUUAUGCUACAGACAGUUUAUUUACCACUGAUGAGGAGGGGGUACAGUUGAUAUGGUACACUAGUGAUGUAUUUCUUUGCAUUUUUUUUAACGAAGUAUGAGUUUACUUUCCUCAAUAAACUUGUAAGCGCAUGACACAUCGGAAGGGGAUUCAGGACUGACAGUCAGAGGCGUUUCCAGAGAUUGCUUCCACUUUAUCAAGCCAUGUGAACUGAGAAGCAAGCAAGCAUGUGUGCGCGGUUGUAAUCUGAUAGAGCGUAAUUUAUAUUAAGACGGUUUUCCUCAGCCUUCUUGGAUCCACAAACUCCAGCUGCUCCAAAAUGAACAAUUCCUCUCAAAGUAUAGACAAUGCCACACUGGACGCACUGGUCAGCCCUCUAAUGACUGUUGCUCUGCCUAUCAUCUACAUCAUGGUGUUUGUUAUCAGCACUCCGUGCAAUCUUAUCGCCCUCAUUCUUCUCUGUGGCCUUACGAAGCGUGCAACUCCCACAAUUAUCUAUUCCAUUAACCUCUGUCUUGCAGAUCUGCUCUACAGCAUCACGCUACCACUGCAAGUGUGCUAUCAUCUUCAACGCAAUGACUGGAUCUUUGGCAAGGUGUCUUGUGGAAUUUCAACAGCUGCUUUCUACUGCAAUAUGACCUGCUCAAUCUUCACAACCUGUGCCAUAGCUCUGGAGCGAUACUGCGGUGUUGUACACCCUUUGAAAACCAAACAUCUGCGAAGCACCCGAAAAGCCAUCCUGAUCUGUCUCCUCAUUUGGGCUGUUAUGCUUGUCUUCCAGAUGCCUUAUUUCGUGCAUGAUUUUACUCGGUUUAUUCCUCAGCUCAAUGUUACCACCUGUUUUGAUGUGAUUCCUAAAAAAGUUUUUGAAGGAUGGAAAGGAUAUCUCUACUUUGUUUCCAUAUAUUUAUUCUUCAAUGUGUUGCCAAUGAUCAUUUUAGUUGCUUGUUAUUGUGCAGUGGCUCGUGCCCUGAGACAGACGCUUGAUGCAGGAGUCCAGCGUUCACACAAGCGCACACAGACUUUGGUGAUAGUUGCGGCCCUUUGCUACAUCACAUGCUACCUGCCUAAUAUGAUCGUCCAGCCCAUCCACAUGGUUUAUCGGAGCAAAAACCAUGGCAUAUAUGCCUACUACAAGCUCACAUUGGGUCUUAACAGCUUCAACUGUUGCUUUGACCCUUUUGUGUACUAUCUUGCUUCCAGAGAGCUCCGGCAAGCGCUGUGGAGAGUGCUUGGCCGGUGGAACUGCUGUCCCAGUAACAUGGGAGAGGAGACUGUUGCCUCAAAUUUGUCUGAAUUGCCCAGUGCCACCAGAGGAAAUCAAAAUGACAGUAGAGCCCUAAUAAGUCAAUAAUGAAAUGCUGUAAAAAGAUUACUUGCUUCUGAGGGCUACAUGAGAAUGCGGAGCUUUUUCUGUGGUGCUCAGACAACGGGCAGACAAAAUAAUGUAAAUAGCAAUGAAAUUAAAGUACUUAAAGAAAUGGUUUGGUGAAAUAUCAAAUUUUCCCAACUUACCCUGUAUGUAGCCAAGACAUGUCCAAAUUUAGUUUAUAACUUGAAUGCUGAGGCUAAUAUUGCUAACAAACACUAGAACUCAAAAGUCACCCAGAUAGCCUAAAUUGUUUGUGUAAAAAUAUAUCACCAAAACUUCUCUCAACCCACUCAAACCACAUCCAGGGGGAAUCCACUUUAGACUGUCUGUAUUCACAAACCACCACGGGUAAUGAUGCAGCAGAUGUGGGGGGGGUGAAGGGGACAUGUCCCCUGCACUCUCACAGUCAAGAGAUUCUGUCCACACACUUUUCACACACUGCGUUUUUCCUGAAUUGAACUUGUGACUGGCAAUCACAAAUCACUGAGGAAAAAACACCCUUUUAAGAUUAAUAGCAUUUAUAGGUAUAGGUUACUUGGCUGACUGAACGGUGACCCAGCCAAUCACAAUUAAGCAGCGUAGGCCGAACCAGACCAAACGCAUUGCACAAAGUCUUAUGAGUUUAAGAGAGUGGAUUAAAUUGGCUGGCAAAUUUGCCUUGACUAAAAAAAAUAAGAACAUGUAAAAUUUGACCACGUUCUGGUAUUAAAAAUAUUUUGUCAAAAACUAUUGAGUCAGGAAAAAAACUGGCUAGUAGUAGCUUGCUAUUACAGCAGUCAUCCGCUAGUGGAUAUAUUCUGUUGACUAACAUAACUGCUCAGUCAGAGAUGUAUCGCCUCCUGUUUGGCACUUACUGCUUCUAGUGAUGGGGUGUCAACUCCAAAAAGUCAGUUCUUUGACUCCAGCAUGACUGGGAGUCAGGUUUGAUUCCUGGCCAACAACUUUGAGAGUCGCUUUGUCAAACAUAACGUCAUUGCAUACUCAUCUGAGUACUAGAGUUUUUCAUAGUAACUGAUGUUGUAAAUAUGCAUUUUAGAGAACAAUUUGAGCAGGAAGGGUUAGGUAUGAUAAGCAAUCUGAAAAAUGUGCUGUUAACAGGAGUGGUGGAUGACGUGGUGCAUAUGUACCCAGAACUAAAGAAAGGAUUCUAGGAAGUACAAAUAGCAAUGUUCAGAUUUAUGUAUAAUAUACAGUCCAGCAAGCAUUCUUCAAGAAUUGUGUCCAGCAGUAUGUGCCCUGUUGCUUACUGACAACUGUGUCCGCUUCACUUUUGAUAUGGCUGCUUUGCCCUGACCACCGGAGCAAGACUGCAGAUUUAGAAUCAGACAGUGACAGUCAAAAAUACAGAGCAAUCUGAUCUAAGAUCAGUCCUGCUUUGUGAAUACCAGCUCUGGUGUCGUCUAAAAUGGCUACCCAUAGCGGUGAAGUUUAGUUUAUUUUUAUAGCUCACAGUGCUCUAAACCACAUCAGCAAGUCUUUGCAACCUUAAUGAAGACCUGGUUGCAGUUUAAGAUGGCUGAGAGGAGUUUUGGAGACGUAUUUUUUACAAAAUCCAUUUUGGUAACUGUUGUGUUCUGCUGUUUACUAGCUACGUUAGCCUUGUAGCUCCAGUACUGAACUAAAGAAACUACAUUUAGACUCCAAACAUGUCUUCGCUGACUGGCUACAUCUAGAGUUAGUGGAAGAUUGAUUGGCCCAACCAUUUCUUUAAGAAGAUGCAGAGCACCCAUUGCCUGCAGAAUACCUUCGGCCAUUAUUGGAUUUACGUCAUUCUUGAACUAUACCAUCCUGAAAGGAAAAGAAUCCAGUGUUUGAGAGCUCGAGGUGGAAAUUUUCACACUCUGUGCUCCAGAAAAUGUCCCAUGGAGACAUUGUUGAGAGGUUUUAGUUAUGGAGGCAAUGCAAAGCAUUUUGCUUCAUAAUCACCAUUCAUAAGUUUGUUUAGUAAUGUCCUUAGUUAGUUUUCAACACAGGCUACAGUUCAGACCUGUGCCCAGACAUUUCGGAGAGCAAGAGAUCAAAGAAAUAUUUUAUUAAAUUAAAUUUAAUUUAAUUUACAGCAUGUCUUUAGAGCAGUGGUUUGCAACCCUGGUCAUGGAAAGCUACCUUCCCUUAGUUUAGUUCCGACCUGUAUCCAAUAAGCUGCCCUGUCCUCUAACUCAAAUACAUCUGAUCCAGCCAUGAUUUGACUGAUGUGACUUGGACAGAGGUUUAUUAGCUGGAACAGGUAUGGCACAAAUUGUGGUUGAAACUAAGCUCUGCGGGAAGGUAGCUCUGCAGGAUCAGGGUUGGAGACCACUGCUUUAGAGGAAGGCAAAUGUCAGGUUAGGCGUCUCACCUAAAGUUUUGCAUAGUUCUGAUUUGAGAGCAUUCUAACGAAAGAAGAGCAUUGGACAGACAAUCUCCUGUUUCGGAGCUAUUAAAACCUUCGUAAAAUUAAGUUGUAACUUUCUUUAAGGUGGUCUGUGCUCGAGCCCACAGAGCCCUACACAGUUUCAUGCUUUUACAAUAACAAAAACUUGAUUCAGCAAGGUCGAAGCAGCUAAGGCAAAAUCACCGAAAAUGGCCGGUACUACACCAGAGGUGGCACCCAAGAGAGAUCUAGCUUGUGGAACCUGAGCCAACCCACAAGUUCAAACCCCAGCACGAUGCAAAACUCAGCCUCACUGAAACGGAUCUUGAACAAUGGCGAAGGCCAAAUAAAAUGCAGCUAUUAUACGCAAUGAUCAAGAGGGCACUGCUACAGUCUGAUGGCGAAAUGGCUCUUUGAUCUUGCAAAGUGGCUUUAUAUUCAUUCACUAUUAUCUAACCAUGCAUAGAAUUAGACCUUAUGACUCAAUGUGAGGUGGCUGUUCGUGACAUUAUGGAUCCACGCUUUCGGAGUUGAAAACAGACGUGGUUCGAAAGCAUCUUUUGACUUUCUCCAAUGUAAACACAUCUGGAUGUAGGAAUGGUGAAAGAUGAUUAGUCAGAUUAUACCUCUUUUUCAUUGCGCAAGGUAGCAUUGUGCUUCUUACAGAAAGAAUGCAUUUCAUUGAAACUGGGUCACGGAGAUGCUGAAUUAGGUUUGCGCUAAUUUAUGAGGCCCUUUUUUUAGCAUUGACUUGUAAAAACUGUUCCUCUUUCCUGACUCAGUUGGUCAUGUUUAACUAUAAGUUUUGAGAUAGCUCUAUAAAGACAAUUACAUAUUUUACAUUUUUGUACAUGCAGCAGGGCCUUCUAAUAUGUCGUCAUUUGCUUGCCUCAUGUAUUUUCGAAAACGCACAAAUCCAGUCUUUAACAGCGGAUGUUUAUUGUUAACUAUUCAACCAGAUAUGACUCAUCUGCUUAGCUGCCUUUGUAAAUCUGAUUUAGCUAUUUAGCAUGUUAGUGUUUUUCUUGUGGUGUUUCUGUUAAUGUGUCCAACCUUUAAAUGAUGUGUUUUUGAAAUGUACAGCAUGUUCCUCAGGUAAUUUCAGUUUUUGUUAUGCGCUGGCCUGCGGGACAUGUGUUUUGCAUUAAUAUUAUGUUUAUUUUUAAAAGCUAUUUCAUUUUUAAUGAAUAAUGACCAUUUUUUGCUUC